AUGGCUCCAGGCAGUGGGCGCGACUUUAACUGCUCAUGGGAGCAUUGUGGAAAGUCCUUCAAUCGCAAGUCGGAUCUCUGCCGCCAUUAUCGCAUCCACACCAAUGAGCGGCCGUAUCAUUGCACUGUAAAGGACUGCAAUAAGAGCUUUAUUCAGCGCAGUGCCUUGACCGUACACUCGAGGACUCACACUGGCGAAAAGCCCCAUGUUUGUGACCAUGAGGGCUGUCAAAAGGCAUUUUCAGACUCAUCGAGUCUGGCCCGCCACCGCCGAAUCCACACUGGCAAGCGGCCAUAUAUAUGCCACGAGCCUACAUGCGAACGGAGUUUUUGUCGCAAGACCACCCUCACCAAACACCAGCACCGCUCCCACCCCCCAGGGAGCAUGACCCGACCAUCCUCAGAAGAUGCGACUUCCGAGCACUCUUACCACCAAACACCCGUAUCUGUCUCGGUCCCGAGUGAGCAGUACAUGCUCGCCCAGCAACCUUAUUAUGCGCAAUCGGCGACACCAAGUCAUGAGUUUUACUCGCCCCAGAGUGUGCCGAUGGGCACCGUGCCGGUUCACGAAGCUGCCCCUCCGAUCGUGUCCCAGAAUGUACCUGGAACCUCGCCAGUAAACAUGUCACACGCUCAACAGCCACACCCGCAACACCAUGUACAUCCACACCAGCACCCGCAACAACAACAACAGCAGCAACAACAACAGCAACAACAGCAACAACAGCAACAGCAACAACAGCAGCACCAACAAUACCUACAGAUGAUGCAACAGCGUUACGAUACAAGUCCGCGCACCAACUACCUCCCAGAACAAUACCAACACCCGUCUUUUCAAGGCCAUCAAUUGCCACCCGAACAGCCAAUGAUGGUUUCAUACCACCCAAACUAUGCGUACAAACCCCCCGGCUCCCGACUCUUGAACCAAGCGGAGGGGACUGACUGGGGCUUUCUUGGAGUAGGCUAA